UUUCAGAGUCUGCAGCUGGAGCGGGAGAUGUGUUUGGCUUCAAACUGCACCCUGGCCAGGGGGAACCUGGACCUGGACGGGAAGGCUUCCCUAGCCAUCAAGUACCAGGAGCUGCGGGAGAUACGAGAGUCAUGUUGGGACAAGCAGCAGCGCCUGGAGGAGUACCUGGAGAAGUGGAGCCCACAGAGCGCCCUAGGCCAUCUUCAAGCCAAGCUUGAUGCCUCCGAGGCGGAGUCAGAGAAACUGCAGGAGCUGCUGCAGAAGGACCAGGUGGGCAGGGACCCCGCGGGCCCCAUGGGGCACCCAGGUGCCCUGGCUAGCCCAGCACCAGCCCGCCUUGCCCCGCUGCGGAGUGGAGUAGCCCCCAAAGCCUUCGAUCUCUCCUACGGUUUUGUGCCCGCCUUUCUCAUCCCCUCGGAGGCUGCUGUGCCCUUUGCCAUGCCGGCUGCGCCUCCCAGACAUCAUCUCCCAGCCCUGGGACACCAGCCAGCCGCCUCUGAGAUCCCCAGCCCAGGCUCACCCCUGCACCUCAUCGGACACAUCCCCCUGCUCAGUCCCCAGCCCUUCCGCAGGCAGCAGUGGCCACGACACCAGAAGCAGAAGCCUCCGCACCGGUAG